AAUCGCAGCGAGCGGAGGAAAUUCGUUUCUCAGUCGCGUUCUCCUCGUGUCGCCGUCGGAAUUUGAGUUUGAGUUCGCAAGAAUCUGGCUAUAAUAAUAAGAAGUAUAUUAAUAAUAUACCAAAAGGAAGUGCAAGAAAAUACCCAGUGCAGUGCAGACAAAUCGAAGCAAAUCGAAUAAAUAAUCAAUUAUUAUAGCCCCUGAAAUCUCCGUUGCAAGUCGUCGAAUUCUUCGCCGCGUUUUUAUUUUGUUUUCGUCACCGUUUUUUGUCGCCGUCGCCGCUGCUUUUUCGCCGCGUGUGAGAAAAGUUUUGUGGAAAAUCAUUAUACAAAAUAAUCCGAAUCGCCCAGAAUUUCCACAGCAAAUUAGUGUUUCUUUAAAAAUACAGCCAAGAAAAUCCAACUGCGAAUACACAAACAAAACACAGCAGCAGCACAACAAAUACACAGAGUAAAAGGCGAAAAGAAAUAUUGUUCAACAAGUCAAACGAGUUCUUUUUGGCUCGCUUCGGCCGUGUGGCUAAAAAGAUACAACAACAUUGUGUUUGUGGCAGCGGGUUUUCGCCUUUGGUGAAAAAUAUUGGCAACAGCCGCAGCAUUUCAGCGGCUCAAAAGCAAAAGCAGCACCGCAGCAAGAAGAGGCCACGAAAUAAUUCCAAUGGCCAUGCUGGAAGGAGGCAACCUCAGUCAAGGACGCUCUUAGCUCCUGUUAGUUUUUUCCAAAAGAAUCCACCCGGAGUGGAUCCAUCAACCAUGAAAGCCGCAUUGGAUUCGGCAGCCGCCAGGGAAACAAGGACUACGACGGCGAACCACCAGCCGAAGGACUUUACGAUGUUCCAUCGAUGCCGGAGACGUUCCAGUAACAUCAUGAAAUCGAGAUCUUCGCCACCCGCCCUACAUCCCUCGCACAUGCUGAGGAGUAUCUUACUGCAUCUACUGAUGAUCCUGCUCUUGGGAUUCACACAGGCUGCCUCCAGUGAUAAGGAGAGGGAGCGGAAGCUCGAGGUCUUCGAAGGCGUGGCGGUGGAUCAUCAGAUCGGCUAUAUAGGAGACUUCGAUGGGAUCGACAGUGGUCCGCCAUAUAUCAUCGUGGCGGAGGCCGGAGUGGAAACGGAUCUGGCUAUAGAUCGGGCCACGGGGGAGAUCCGCACCAAGGUCAAGUUGGACAGAGAAACUCGGGCCUCGUACAGUCUGGUGGCCAUUCCCCUGAGUGGUCGUAAUAUUCGAGUGCUGGUCACGGUCAAAGAUGAGAAUGAUAACGCUCCCACGUUCCCACAACCCUCGAUGCACAUAGAGUUCCCAGAGAACACCCCGCGGGAGGUUAAGAGAACUCUGCUCCCAGCCAGGGAUCUCGAUCUGGAACCGUAUAAUACCCAGCGAUAUAAUAUCGUUUCGGGAAAUGUUAAUGACGCCUUUAGGUUGUCUUCUCACAGGGAAAGGGAUGGUGUUCUCUAUUUGGACCUGCAGAUCAGUGGUUUCCUGGAUAGAGAAACCACCCCAGGUUAUAGCCUCCUUAUCGAAGCUCUAGAUGGCGGAACUCCGCCGUUGCGGGGAUUCAUGACUGUCAAUAUCACCAUUCAGGAUGUAAACGACAAUCAACCCAUCUUCAAUCAGAGCAGAUACUUUGCCACGGUUCCCGAAAACGCCACUGUGGGUACAAGUGUCCUUCAGGUUUAUGCAUCAGACACGGAUGCCGAUGAGAAUGGAUUGGUCGAGUAUGCGAUCAAUAGAAGGCAAAGCGACAAGGAGCAAAUGUUUCGCAUAGAUCCCCGAACAGGAGCUAUUUUCAUCAACAAGGCAUUGGAUUUUGAGACCAAGGAGCUGCAUGAACUUGUGGUGGUGGCCAAGGAUCAUGGUGAACAACCGCUGGAGACGACAGCCUUUGUUUCCAUACGAGUCACCGAUGUGAAUGACAAUCAACCCACGAUAAAUGUGAUCUUCCUCAGUGAUGAUGCAUCUCCAAAAAUUUCGGAGUCCGCACAACCAGGGGAAUUUGUGGCCAGGAUUUCGGUGCAUGAUCCCGAUUCCAAGACGGAGUACGCCAAUGUAAAUGUGACUUUGAACGGGGGAGAUGGUCAUUUCGCCUUGACCACCAGAGAUAACAGUAUCUAUUUGGUAAUAGUUCAUCUUCCGCUGGACAGGGAAAUGGUCUCCAACUACACACUGAGUGUAAUAGCAACCGAUAAGGGAACUCCGCCACUGCACGCCUCGAAAUCGAUCUUCCUGAGGAUUACCGAUGUUAACGAUAAUGCACCGGAGUUCGAGCAGGAUCUCUAUCAUGCCAAUGUGAUGGAGGUGGCCGAUCCGGGUACAUCGGUUCUCCAAGUUCUGGCCCACGAUCGCGAUGAGGGCUUGAACUCGGUCCUGAGCUACUCGCUCGCCGAAACACCCGAAACCCAUGCCCAGUGGUUUCAGAUUGACCCCCAAACGGGCCUGAUCACCACCCGAUCGCAUAUCGAUUGCGAAACGGAACCGGUGCCGCAGCUUACGGUUAUCGCAAGGGACGGAGGGGUUCCCCCAAUGUCUUCCAGCGCCACCGUUCUGGUGACCAUCCACGAUGUUAAUGACAACGAACCGAUCUUCGACCAGAGCUUCUACAACGUUUCCGUCGCCGAGAACGAACCCGUGGGCAGGUGCAUUCUCAAGGUUUCUGCUAGUGAUCCCGAUUGUGGCGUAAAUGCCAUGGUAAACUACACUUUGGGCGAAGGAUUCAAGCACCUCACCGAAUUCGAAGUGCGCUCCGCUUCCGGAGAGAUUUGCAUAGCUGGUGAACUCGACUUCGAGCGGAGGAGUAGCUACGAAUUUCCCGUACUGGCCACCGAUCGAGGAGGUCUGAGCACCACGGCCAUGAUCAAAAUGCAACUGACGGAUGUGAAUGACAAUCGACCGGUUUUCUAUCCCCGGGAAUACAAUGUUUCCUUGAGGGAGUCCUCGAAUGCCCCGACGCAAGCCUCGAGUACGCCAAUUGUCGCCGUGGUGGCCACAGAUCCGGAUUCAGGUAUCUUUGGCCAGGUGUCGUACAGGAUUGUGGCCGGAAACGAGGCGGGAAUCUUCCGGAUUGAUCGAUCCUCCGGUGAGAUCUUCGUGGCCCGUCCGGAUAUGCUGUCCGUUCGAACUCAACCCAUGCACAUGCUGAACAUCUCGGCUACCGAUGGCGGCAAUCAUAGGAGCGCUACCGAUGCCGUCGUCUUUCUGAGCAUCAUCGAUGCCAUGCAGCGACCUCCGAUCUUCGAAAAGGCCAGAUACAAUUACUAUGUCAAGGAGGACAUUCCGAGGGGCACGGUCGUGGGUUCGGUGAUAGCUACGAGUGGGGACACUGCUCAUCGCAGUCCGGUGAGGUAUUCCAUAUACUCUGGCGAUCCCGAUGGCUACUUUAGCAUAGAAGCCAGCUCUGGAAACAUACGCAUAGCUAGGCCCCUAGAUCACGAAGCGAAAUCCCAGGUGCUGCUGAACAUCCAAGCCACCUUGGGAGAACCUCCGGUAUAUGGACACACCCAGGUCAACAUCGAAGUAGAGGACGUCAACGAUAAUGCCCCGGAAUUCGAGGCCAGUGUGGUUAGGAUUUCCGUGCCGGAGAAUGCCGAACUGGGAGCCCCUCUCUAUGCUGCCCACGCCCACGAUAAGGAUUCGGGAAGUAGUGGCCAAGUUAGCUAUAGCCUGGUCAGGGAUUCGGGAAAGAGGCUCUUUGCCAUCGAUGCGAGGUCUGGCCACUUGGUUCUGUCGCAGCACUUGGACUACGAGACCUCGCAACGCCACUCCCUGAUCGUAACCGCCACCGAUGGAGGAGUUCCCAGUCUUUCAACGAAUCUGACCAUCCUGGUGGAUGUCCAGGAUGUCAACGAUAAUCCCCCAGUUUUCGAAAGGGACGAGUAUUCGGUGAACGUAUCCGAAUCGCGUUCCAUUAAUGCACAGAUUAUUCAGGUUAAUGCCAGCGAUCUGGACACGGGCAACAAUGCCAGGAUCACCUAUAGGAUUGUGGACGCCGGAGUGGACAAUGUCACGAACUCCAUUAGCAGUUCGGAUGUGGCCCAACACUUUGGGAUAUUCCCCAACUCCGGCUGGAUAUACCUGCGUGCUCCGCUGGAUCGCGAGACCAGGGAUCGCUAUCAGCUGACUGUUUUGGCCACGGACAACGGCACUCCCGCGGCUCAUGCCAAGACACGGGUCAUAGUUCGAGUCCUCGACGCCAACGACAAUGAUCCCAAGUUCCAGAAAUCCAAGUACGAGUUCAGAAUUGAGGAGAACCUCCGGAGGGGCUCCGUUGUGGGAGUGGUCACCGCCGGCGAUCUGGAUCUCGGCGAGAAUGCAGCCAUCAGAUACAGCCUGCUGCCGGCCAACUCCAGCUUCCAGGUGCAUCCCGUCACAGGGGAAAUUUCCACCCGUGAGCCCCUUGAUCGGGAGCUCCGCGAGCUUUACGACCUUGUGGUGGAGGCCCGUGAUCAGGGAACGCCGGUGAGAAGUGCCCGAGUUCCCGUUCGCGUUCACGUUACCGAUGUCAACGACAAUGCCCCCGAGAUCGCCGAUCCGCAGGAGGAUGUGGUUAGCGUGAGGGAGGAGCAACCACCCGGAACUGAGGUGGUGCGGAUCCGAGCCAUUGAUCGGGAUCACGGACAGAAUGCCUCCAUCACUUACUCGAUUGUCAAGGGUAGGGACUCCGAUGGACACGGACUGUUCAGCAUCGAUCCCAGCAGCGGGGUGAUCCGCACUCGCGUGGUCUUGGAUCACGAGGAGCGGAGCAUCUAUCGACUGGGAGUGGCCGCCUCCGAUGGCGGAAGUCCGCCCAGGGAAACGGUGCGGAUGCUGCGCGUCGAGGUCUUGGACCUGAACGACAACCGCCCGACAUUCACCAGUUCCAGCUUGGUCUUCAGGGUACGCGAGGAUGCCGUCGUGGGCCAUGUGGUCGGUUCCAUCAGUCCCAGCGAACGUCCGGCGGAUGUGGUGCGAAACAGUGUGGAGGAGUCCUUCGAGGACCUGAGGGUCACCUACACUCUGAAUCCCCUUACCAAGGACUUGAUUGAGGCCGCCUUCGACAUUGAUCGUCACUCGGGCAACCUCGUCGUGGCUCGUCUCUUGGACAGAGAAGUUCAGUCUGAAUUCAGGUUGGAAAUACGAGCUCUGGACACCACCGCCAGCAAUAAUCCUCAGAGCAGCGCCAUCACGGUGAAAAUCGAAGUGGCCGAUGUCAACGAUAAUGCCCCCGAAUGGCCCCAGGAUCCCAUUGAUCUUCAGGUGAGCGAGGCCACUCCCCUUGGCACAAUAAUCCACAACUUUACGGCCACGGAUGCGGACACAGGAACCAAUGGAGAGCUCCAGUAUCGCCUGCUGCGGUAUUUCCCCCAACUGAACGAAAGCCAGGAGCAGGCAAUGCCUCUCUUUGGGCUGGAUUCCUUGACAGGAUCACUCAGCCUGCAGGCUCCCCUGGACUUCGAGGCUGUGCAGGAGUACCUACUGAUUGUCCAGGCCCUGGACCAAUCUUCGAAUGUAACCGAAAGACUUCAGACUUCGGUGACGGUGAGACUGCGAGUUCUGGAUGCCAACGAUAAUGCUCCGCAGUUUGUAUCCCCAAACACUAUUGGUGGCAAGGCAGCCAGUCUUUUCAUAAGCGAUGCCACCAGAAUUGGCGAGAUGGUGGCCCACAUUGUGGCCGUGGAUGCGGAUUCGGGCGACAAUGGACGCCUCACCUACGAAAUCACAGGUGGCAAUGGAGAGGGACGCUUCAGGAUCAAUCCCCAGACAGGGAUCAUUGAGUUGGUUAAGUCCUUGCCUCCGGCCGCCGAGGAUGUGGAGAAGAGUGGACGGUUCAGCCUCGUCAUCAGUGCCAAAGAUAAUGGGCAGCCGGAGUCCAAGAAAAGCUCUCUAAAUCUUCAACUUAUAGUGCAAGGCAGCCACAAUAAUCCACCGCGGUUUCUGCAGGCUGUUUAUCAUGCCUCGAUUUUGGAAAACGUUCCCAGCGGAAGUUUCGUCCUGCAGGUCACUGCCAAAUCCCUACACGGUGCCGAAAAUGCCAAUCUAAGCUAUGAAAUUCCCGCUGGCGUGGCCAAUGAUCUGUUCCACGUGGACUGGCAGAGGGGCAUCAUCACCACGCGGGGCCAAUUCGAUCGAGAGUCGCAGGCCAGUUACGUCCUGCCUGUCUACGUAAGGGAUGCCAACCGCCUGGCCACCUCGUCCUCUUCGGCAGUGAGGAAGCAACGCUCCUCGGACAGCAAUGGAGAGGCUUCGAUUGGUCAGCACUUUGACGUGGCCACUGUCUACAUAUCGAUAGGAGACGUCAACGACAAUUCCCCGGAAUUCCGACCGGGAUCUUGUUAUGGUCUUUCUGUUCCGGAGAACAGUGAACUGGGUGUUAUCCACACUGUGGUUGCCAGCGAUCUGGAUGAAGGUCCGAAUGCGGAUCUUAUUUAUAGCAUUACGGGCGGCAAUCUGGGCAACAAGUUCAGCAUCGAUGCCUGUUCCGGGGAGCUGAGUGUCCUUUCCUUGGACAGAGAGCAGCAAUCUAUGUACAGCCUGCAGAUCCAGGCCUCGGAUCGGGGGCAGCCCAAGAGUCGUCAGGGACACUGUAACAUCACCGUUUUCGUUGAGGAUAAGAACGACAAUGCCCCAAGAUUCAAGCUAAGCAAAUACAUCGCCAGUGUGCAGGAGGACGCACCACUGGGAUCGAGUGUGGUGCAGAUCAGUGCCGUGGAUGCGGAUUUGGGCGUGAACGCCAGACUCGUUUACUCCCUGGCCAACGAAACCCAAUGGCAGUUCGCCAUCGACAGUCAGAGUGGAUUAAUCACCACCGUUGGAAAACUGGAUCGCGAGCUGCAGGCGAGCUACAGCUUCAUGGUUUUGGCCACGGACGGAGGACGUUAUGAAGUGAGACAGGCUUCGGUUCCGGUGCAGAUCAACGUGCUGGAUGUUAAUGACAACAGACCCGUAUUCGAGCGAUAUCCCUAUAUAGGGCAGGUCCCCGCCCUCAUUCAGCCUGGUCAAACCUUGCUGAAGGUUCAGGCCCACGAUGCCGAUUUGGGUGCGAAUGGAGAGGUUAUUUAUUCGCUCAAGGCGGAAAAUUCGGCAGUGAGUGGAAAGUUCCGAAUAAAUCCCAGCACGGGUGCCCUGAGUGCCUCACAGAGUUUGGCCAGUGAGUCUGGGAAGCUUUUGCAGCUGGAGGUUAUUGCCAGGGAUAAGGGAAAUCCCCCUCAAUCCAGUGUGGGCCUCAUUGAGCUCCUAAUAGGAGAAGCCCCUCAAGGAAUGCCAGUUCUCCGUUUCCAAAAUGAAACCUAUAGAGUAAAGAUCAAGGAGAAUUCUCCGUCGGGCACAAAGCUUCUCCAGGUUGUGGCCCUCCGAAGCGAUGGUCGAAGGCAAAAGGUGCAAUUCUCCUUCGGAGCUGGGAAUGAAGACGGUAUAUUGUCUUUAGACUCUCUAUCAGGCGAAAUAAGGGUAAAUAAACCCCAUCUACUUGACUUCGAUCGCUUUGCCACCCCCUCAAUGUCAGCCCUAAAUCGUGGCAGAGCUUUGCACUAUGAGGAGGAAAUGGAGGAAUCCUCAGAGGAGGAUACAAACAAUACAACCCGAUCCCAAAGGGCCUUGACAUCCUCGUCCUUCGCCCUGACCAACAGUGAACCCAAUGAGAUUCAUGUAGUGAUAGUUGCCCGCAGCACUGAUGCUCCAUUCCUGGCCACCUACGCAGAAUUGGUAAUCGAACUGGAAGAUGAGAACGACAACAGCCCCAAGUUUUCGCAAAAGCAAUUUGUGGCCACCGUUUUGGAGGGAAAUAGCAAGGGUACCUUUGUGGCCCAAGUCCAAGCCUUCGAUUCGGAUGCGGGUUCCAACGCUCGGCUACGAUAUCAUAUCGUUGAUGGCAACCACGACAACGCGUUCGUCAUUGAGCCCGCCUUCAGUGGCAUAGUGAAGACCAAUAUUGUGCUGGAUCGGGAGAUUCGCGAUAUAUACAAGCUCAAGAUCAUCGCCACGGAUGAGGGAGUGCCCCAGAUGACGGGCACUGCGACGAUAAGGGUGCAGAUCGUAGAUGUGAAUGAUAACCAGCCCACUUUUCCACCGAACAAUCUCAUCACUGUCAGUGAAGCCACUGAACUUGGAGCCGUAAUUACCUCGAUUUCAGCCAACGAUGUGGACACUUAUCCCGCUCUGACAUAUCGCCUUGGUAGUGAAUCCAGCUUGGAAAUAGAAAACCUUUCCAUCUUCGCCUUGGAUCGAUAUAGUGGAAAGCUCGUCCUGAAGCGUCGCUUGGACUAUGAACUACAGCAGGAGUACGAACUCGAGGUGAUUGCUUCGGAUGCAGCCCACGAAGCUCGAACUAUCCUGACAGUAAGGGUAAAUGAUGAAAAUGAUAAUGCCCCGAUAUUCCUGGCCCAACAGCCUCCGGCUUACUUUGCCAUUCUGCCAGCUGUAAGUGAGAUUGGUGAGAGUCUUUCCAUGGACUUGGAGCUCCUAACCGUAAACGCCACUGACGCCGAUUCGGAGGGCAAUAACUCAAAGGUUACUUACGUUAUUGAACCAGCCCUGGGAGGCUUUUCGGUACACCCAUCAAGUGGUGUUGUGUCCGUUAAUAUGAGUAGCUUACAGCCUGCAGUUUCGCCCAGCGGAGAUUACUUCGUAGGAAUUAUAGCCAAGGAUUCGGGAAAACCCUCGAUGAAGAGUUCUACUCUCUUGAGAGUUCAGGCUAGUGACAAUGGCUCAGGGCGAUCGCAGUUCCAGCAGAACCAAUAUAGGGCACAUAUAAGCGAGGCAGCUCCCUUGGGUUCCGUAGUUCUCCAGCUGGGUCAAGAUGUUCUCGAUCAAUCAUUUGUCAUUGCCUCUGGAAAUGAAGAAUCCACCUUUGAGUUGAUGCAGUCCAAAGCAAUUGUUUUGGUCAAGCCCCUGGAUAGGGAACGCAAUGAUCUGUACAAACUCAGAUUGGUUUUGAGCCAUCCCCAUGGAUCUGUUCCUUUUGCCAGCUCAAAUUCUUCGUCUGGAAUAACAGUGAUCAUCACCAUCCUGGAUGCUAACGAUAACUUCCCUAUAUUCGAUCGAAGUGCCAAAUACGAGGCUGAGAUCAGCGAACUUGCUCCUCUGCGAUACUCCAUAGCGCAGUUGCAGGCCAUCGAUGCAGAUCAGGAGAACACCCCGAACUCGGAAGUGGUUUACGACAUAACCUCUGGUAAUGAUGAGCAUAUGUUCACGAUAGACUUGGUGACUGGUGUACUCUUUGUGAACAAUCGAUUGGAUUACGAUUCGGGGGCCAAGAGUUAUGAGCUGAUUAUUCGAGCCUGCGAUAGCCAUCAUCCGAGACCUCUUUGCAGUCUGCAACCCUUCCGAUUGGAACUCCACGAUGAGAAUGAUAAUGAGCCCAAGUUCCCGCUGUCCGAAUAUGUUCACUUCCUGGCUGAAAACGAGCCCGUCGGCAGCUCCAUAUUCCGUGCCCAUGCCAGUGACCUGGACAAGGGACCCUUUGGCCAACUGAACUACAGCAUUGCUCCUGCUCCCAGCGACGAGAGCUCGUGGAAGAUGUUCAGAGUGGAUGCGGAAAGUGGUCUAGUCACCUCCGCCUUCGUCUUCGACUACGAGCAAAGGCAGCGUUAUGACCUGGAGCUCCAAGCCUCCGACAUGGGCGGCAAGAAGGCGAGAGUGGCUGUGCGAGUGGAGAUCGAGUCCAAGGAUGAAUUUACCCCACAGUUUACCGAACGCACCUACAGGUUCGUGCUUCCAGCGGCAGUGGCUCUGCCCCAGGGCUUCGUGGUGGGUCAAGUGACGGCCACUGAUGGAGACAGUGGUCCAGAUGGCAGAGUCGUCUACCAGCUGAGUGCCCCUCACACGCACUUCAAGGUCAACCGCAGCAGUGGUGCUGUUCUGAUCAAGAGGAAACUGAAACUAGAUGGCGACGGCGAUGGCAAUCUUUAUAUGGAUGGUCGGGAUAUCAGCCUGGUUAUAUCGGCAUCCUCGGGACGUCACAACUCUUUGUCCAGCAUGGCCGUUGUGGAGAUUGCCCUAGAUCCUUUGGCACAUCCUGGCACAAAUCUCGCCAGUGGUGGUGGUUCUUCAGGUGGCUCCAUGGGUGAUUGGGCCAUUGGUCUACUGGUGGCUUUUCUCCUAGUCCUCUGCGCUGCCGCCGGAAUCUUUCUUUUUAUCCACAUGAGAAGCAAGAAACCGAGGAAUGUGGUCAAGCCUCAUCUCAGCUCAGAGACUGUGGGAGUGGGCAGUUCCAAUAGCUAUGUGGACCCCAGUGCCUUCGAUACGAUCCCCAUAAGAGGAGGCAUCACUGGUGGCACGGCUGGAGCGGCUUCUGGUCAAUUCGCGCCUCCAAAGUACGAUGAGAUUCCUCCGUUUGGACCACAUGCUGGCAGCUCGGGGGCAGCUACCACCUCCGAGUUGUCUGGCUCUGAGCAAUCCGGUUCCAGUGGCCGGGGAUCGGCGGAGGAUGAUGGGGAAGAUGAGGAGAUUCGCAUGAUCAACGAGGGACCACUGCAUCACCGCAACGGAGGAGCUGGGGCUGGUAGUGAUGAUGGCCGAAUCUCGGAUAUAUCGGUUCAGAACACACAGGAGUACUUGGCUCGCCUGGGUAUUGUAGACCAUGAUCCCAGUGGCGCCGGUGGUGGAGCGUCCAGCAUGGCCGGAUCCAGUCACCCGAUGCACAUGUUCCACGACGAUGAUGCCACUGCCAGGUCUGAUAUAACCAACCUCAUAUAUGCCAAGCUCAAUGAUGUGACAGGAGCGGGUUCGGACAGAGGAAGCAGUGUGGAUGACGCGGGAACUACGGCGGGCUCCAUAGGAACCAUCGGAACGGCCAUCACACAUGGUCAUGGUGUGAUGAGCAGCUACGGAGAGGUUCCUGUUCCGGUGCCCGUUGUCGUGGGCGGAAGUAAUGUGGGUGGUUCCCUGAGCUCUAUAGUUCACAGUGAGGAGGAAUUGACGGGCAGCUACAACUGGGAUUACCUACUGGACUGGGGACCGCAGUACCAGCCACUGGCGCAUGUGUUUUCCGAAAUAGCGAGACUGAAAGAUGACACCAUAUCGGAGCACAGUGGGAGUGGAGCUUCCUCAUCCGCCAAGAGCAAGCACUCCUCAUCCCAUUCCUCGGCGGGAGCAGGAAGCGUGGUGCUGAAGCCACCACCCUCGGCACCACCCACCCACAUUCCACCCCCCCUGCUCACCAAUGUGGCGCCGAGGGCCAUCAACCUACCGAUGCGGCUGCCACCCCAUUUGAGCCUGGCCCCCGCCCACUUGCCACGAUCGCCCAUUGGCCACGAGGCCAGUGGCAGUUUCAGCACCUCAUCAGCGAUGUCACCCUCAUUUUCGCCAUCUCUAUCGCCCCUGGCCACGAGAUCACCAUCCAUUUCUCCCCUGGGGGCGGGGCCACCCACGCACCUGCCUCACGUCUCAUUGCCACGUCACGGCCACGCCCCCCAGCCCAGUCAGAGGGGAAAUGUGGGAACACGGAUGUAGAGCAGAGUAUUGGAGCUGUACAUGCACAUAGUAUUACUUGCACCACCCGCACACGAACACACAUCGAAACACUCACACCCAUUUUUAAUUUGCUGUAUAUAUAACAUACAUAUCUUAAGUUAGGAUUGCUUUGCAAAUGUGCCCAGGUGAACCGAUACCAGUUAGAGUAGAACCCCUUGAGAGACCAUUAAAUGCUAAUGGUCCUUCAGGCCGGAUACUGGAUAGCACUACAAAAUUCGAAUUCAUUUGGGCAAGGACGCACUGCAAUCGCAGUAACGACAACAAAGCCAACAAAGACUCUCUGAAACUCACUUGCUUGCACACAAAGCCAAAAAGCGAGGAGCAGCAGGAGCCGGAACAGCCAUAAGUUGUAAGCAUUUAGAGCCUAGACUAGCAACCGAACUCGAACCGAAUUCGCUCGAAUCCGUAUCUGUAUCCGUAGUUUAAGUAUCCCAUAUAAGUAUCUGUAACUGUAGCUGUAGCGUAGGACUAACUAAUCCUAAACAAGUUUUAUGGGAGCAACCCAAGUGCACUUAAGCAGCCGGCAAUCCCUGUUUUAAGGGGGAUCAGAUCAGGCUGCGAUUCACAUUUCCAUUCCAAUCCAUUCCACGCGUGAGAAGAGGGGGGAAAAUUGUAAAAAGUUGUUUUUAGUAAUCAUCGGGGAGAAAGAAAAGAAGCCCUUGUAUAAAACCGAAAUAAAAUGGGAACGUACCAACGAAUAAAAUCGAAGGCGAGGAGUAAUCGAAGUACGAAACGCAGGAGGAAUCUUUUUAAGUAUAGUCUAGUUACCAGUUAUUAUAUAGAUGUACAUGCCUAGCUAUAGACCGUAGUAUACGUUUGUUCACUUGUGUGUGAUGCUACUUGUGUAAUUUCUUACGUUCUAGCAAAAAGCUGUAAAAAAUGUUCACCAGUCUAAGAAUCCUCUAGUUGCUAAGCCCUUAGUUUGUAAUAGCUAAACGAAAGCAAGAGAAUAAAUAUUUAAAAACUAAAA